CUCCCUCUCUCUUAGGACAGACUGCAUGCUCUCUCUUUCCCCUUCCCCAGUCAACCUUCUUUCUGUCUCCAUUCUCCUGUUUUCUCUCUCUCACUCUCUCCCCCUCUCUCUUUUGCUUUCUCUAAAAGUUAUCUGGUGUGGAAUGGAGAAGACGUUUGGAUGAUUUUGACUCAGCCAUCAGCAUCCUCUGAGGAAGACAUCAGUCGUGGCGUAUAGCAUCUUCUCUUAUCACCGAGUCCAAUGGAUGCAUUGUUUGGCCUGCGUUUCAGGCGGAAAGCCUGUGAGCCAAGCGUCCCGAGGCGCUCCAGCGUGUCACUUCCAGCGAGUAAAGCGCGCCGGCGCUCCAGCGUGGGCCUGCCGUCAGCCGUCCUGGCUCAGAGACGCAGGUCUAGCACUCAGCUCCAAACCAGCAACGUGCCACCGGGAGUCAUACAACACCGAAGAGGACACUUCACCAGGAGGAGGUCGAGCGGCGCAACGGCCUGCCUGACCCCACGGUUCACUAUCCGACGGAGACAGGCUGCCAAACACCGUAGCAUUCACGCCCAGCUCCUGGGCCCAUCGCUGCUCUUGGCUAGCGUGGUGCAAAUGAGUGAAGAUCACGAAACUGAGAAUAAGAGUGCAGAAGAGUACUCCUCUCUCUCGGAUAGUGACUGUAGCCAGGAGGAGCACAAGCAAGCAGUGAUGGACUUAGAGUCGGAGUCUGAUGAGUGUAUGACGUGGUUGGCUCAGGGUUUGAUGCCGGGUGAAAGUAUUCAGCCUCGCCCCCUCAUCCGUGCCCCACGUUGCCUGCGCCGAAACUCCUCACAUCUACUUCCAGCUGAGGCCGUUUACCGGAGCCCAGCCUCUUAUGGGCUUUACGGCCGUUACCGUAGGACCAGUCAGGCGCAGGGGCUGUUUAAUGUAGGUGGAUUGUGGCCAGGGAGACGAAAUUCUCUCGCAGCACGAGGAUCAGUCACACUGUACAGGACGAGCUCCCCUUGCUGGACAGAUCUCGGUCUUUCACACACACUGCAGGAAACUUACUACAACCCACAGAUUGACACAUGGAGUGCGUUCCUCUCGAAGGCCAUUUCCAAGUCCGGUCUCCAGCACCUCUCAUGCCAGCCCAGUGCUGCACUGUUGGCCAAGGGGGAAACGGACCGAGAAAUCCGCAGCACAGUGGACUGGAGUGAAUCAGCUCUGUACGGAGAGCACAUCUGGUUCGAGACAAAUGUCUCUGGGGACUUCUGUUACGUAGGAGAACAACACUGUUACGCCAAAUCCCUGCAAAAGUCUGUUGCUCGGAAAAAGUGUGCUGCUUGCAAGAUCGUAGUUCACUCCAUCUGCAUUGAACAGCUGGAAAAGUUAUUGGACUGGAAAACUCCGCCUAAAGGGGAGGGGCUUGAUGAGGUGCCCCUCAAAGACCCAUCAUUCAGAAUAAACUUCAGAUGUAAACCAUCUUUCAGGGAGUCCGGUUCACGGAACAUCCGGGAACCAGCAAUAGUGCGACACCACUGGGUCCAUCGAAGAAGGCAAGAGGGCAAAUGCAAACAGUGUGGGAAAGGGUUUCAGCAGAAAUUUGCCUUUCACAGUAAAGAGAUUGUAGCCAUUAGCUGCUCCUGGUGCAAACAAGCAUAUCAUAAUAAAGUGACAUGCUUUAUGCUGCAGCAGAUAGAAGAACCGUGUUCAUUAGGAGCACAUGCUGCUGUUAUAGUACCUCCUACCUGGAUCAUACGGGUUCGCCGACCUCAGUCCUCAUUAAAGUCAAGCAAAAAGAAGAAACGAACCUCUUUCAAACGCAAAUCCAGCAAAAAAGGAGCAGAGCAGGAGGCUCGAUGGAAGCCCUUCAUUGUGAGACCUAUUCCCUCUCAACUCAUGAAGCCCCUGCUGGUGUUUGUAAACCCGAAGAGCGGAGGAAACCAGGGAGCUAAAAUCAUCCAGUCCUUUCUGUGGUAUCUGAACCCUCGGCAGGUUUUUGAUCUCAGUCAGGGGGGUCCUCAGGAAGGCUUGGAGAUGUAUCGCAAAGUUCACAACUUGAGAAUUUUGGCCUGUGGUGGGGAUGGCACGGUGGGCUGGAUUUUGUCUGCUCUUGAUCAGCUGCAGCUAAACCCUUCUCCUGCUGUGGCAGUACUUCCUUUGGGCACGGGAAAUGACCUCGCUAGGACGUUAAACUGGGGUGGGGGUUACACAGAUGAACCUCUGAGUAAAAUCCUAUCUCACGUUGAGGAUGGGAAUAUUGUUCAGCUGGAUCGAUGGAAUCUGAUUGUGAAGCCCAACCCAGAGGCGGGGCCAGAGGAAAGAGACGAGCAGGUGACAGACAAGCUCCCUUUGGACGUCUUCAAUAAUUACUUCAGCCUUGGGUUUGAUGCUCAUGUGACUUUAGAGUUCCAUGAAUCCCGAGAGGCCAACCCUGAGAAAUUUAACAGCCGAUUCAGAAACAAAAUGUUCUAUGCAGGGACAGCGUUUUCUGAUUUUUUGAUGGGCAGCUCAAAAGACCUGGCUAAACACAUUAGAGUGGUGUGUGACGGCACAGAUUUGACCUCUAAAGUGCAGGAUUUGAAGCUGCAAUGCCUGGUCUUCCUCAAUAUCCCCAGGUACUGUGCGGGCACUAUGCCGUGGGGCAAUCCAGGUGAGCAUCAUGACUUUGAGCCUCAGCGUCAUGAUGACGGCUGCAUUGAGGUCAUUGGAUUCACGAUGACAUCACUGGCCACGCUGCAGGUCGGAGGUCACGGUGAGAGGUUAAAUCAGUGUCGUGAAGUCACCCUCACCACCUUUAAGUCAAUCCCCAUGCAGGUCGAUGGCGAGCCUUGCAAACUAGCUCCAUCUGUUAUUCACAUCUCUUUGAGAAACCAGGCCAACAUGGUGCAGAAAACCAAGAGACGCUCGUCAAUACCACUGCUCAAUGACAGUCAGCAGCCAUUUCCAGAACGAUUACGGAUCAGAGUGAGCCGUAUCAGCAUGCAUGAUUACGAAGCUCUGCACUACGAUAAGGAGAAGCUCAAAGAAGCUUCAAUUCCACUGGGUCUCAUCGUUGUCCCGGGAGACAGUGAUUUGGAAACCUGCCGAGCUCACAUCGAGAGACUACAGGAGGACUUUGUGUCGUGUCACCCAUCUCUGCAGCGGCUGGUGCUCCAGGAAGGUGACGAGACCAAAUCAAAGGCUUUGUCGUCUCAGAGGCUGUCGCCAAAAUGGUGCUUUCUCGACUCUACGACAGCGGAUCGAUUCUACAGGAUCGAUCGAGCUCAAGAGCAUCUUAACUACGUGACUGAAAUUUCUCAGGAUGAGCUGUUCGUUUUGGACCCAGAGCUAGUUGUCACCGAGACGGUCAGCACAUCGCCAGGCAUGCCAGACCUGGUGAACUCCUCUAGUGAUGCCCCUUCUGAUCCAUGUAAAUUUGCCUUCCCAUCAUCCUCUUCUUCUCCACCAAACUCACCCGGACCCAGGGUUGCAGAGCUCCAAAGGAAGCGUGUUUCCAGUGACAGUUCUGUGGCAGAAGCUCUUGCACACAGUGACUCGCUCCGAUCAGCCAAACCAGCUCUCAGCAGGGUGGGGGGUAUUCAUCGCUCAAAUACGACAGCAGCAGAUUUCAAACCUACCAGCAGGUUUGACAAGAGCAACCUGAACAAUGCAAACUCUGUGUCAGCAGACGAUCUAAUUGAAUGUGUGAAGAAGAAGGACCACCAGAAGUUGAAGGAGCUGCACAAGAGCGGGGCUGACCUGUGUGUGCAGGACCCGGUGGGCCGCACCCUGCUGCACUAUGCUGUGGAAGUGGGCAGCAAAGAGAUCGUCAGAUACAUCAUUGAUAAUGCACCCACUGAUAUCCUGGAUGUAACAGAGAGAGAAAAUGGAGAGACAGUAUUGCACAAAGCGGCCUCGUUGUGUCAGAGGACAAUCUGUCAUUACCUCGUGGAGGCGGGAGCAUCUCUCAUGAAGACAGACUUACAGGGGGACACUCCAAAGCAUCGUGCUGAGAAGGCGAAAGAUGCAGAACUUGCGGCGUAUCUCGAGAACCGCCAGCACUACCAAAUGAUCCAGCGUGAGGACCAGGAGACUGCUGUUUGACUUUAACCUCUCAACCCUCACCUCAACCGGUGCCCUCCUUUUUGUGCCAAAACAACAGUUACCAAAAAUGUAUCGCUAAACCUGUCUUAGGCUCUCUGGACCGCAGCGGGGGUGAUACAUUCCCAGAGAGGGAAGAUGGUUGCACACUGUACUGUCUCUGAAGAGGUCCCAAGCUUUCAUCAUCUUUCUCUGAAUGACCUGUUGGACUUAAUGUCUUUCAUUUCAUCGCACUGCCAAAACAUCUUAAGAGUUUGUAUUUAUGAGACAGAAUCCAUAUGUUAAUGCACUCAUCAAGCUUGCUUUUCUAGUUUGACAAUGCUGAAUGUUAAACGAAUACAAUGAGGAUUUAAAGAUGCAUGGGCUGGUGUCUGUCUCCAGAUUCAUCCCUGUCUGUAAAAGUAUCUGGAGCAUUCACCAUAGCCCUGACUCCACAACUAGGUUCAGUAUUGCUCUGUCAUGGCUGAGCAAUAAUCUGGUUGGUCGUACAGCGCAUUAACCAGAACCAACAUUUCAGUUAGCUGACUUAUUUCCUAAAGACAGUAGAGCCAUUAAAUGACAUGUUGUUAAUGUACAGUAUAAUGUAACUUUUUAGACUGCCCUGCACUGAAAGAGUUCAGGUUGGUUCAAAGAUCGGAAUGUUCUCUGGGUUCUUGAUCUCAAGUAUCAGAACUAUUUAGAUGUUUUUCAGGUGUGUCAUGGGAAGGAUUUUGCAUUUUCAUAGAUUUCUGUGCUGUUUCUAGUAGCUUCUGUUUAAGAGGCAUUUGCACUGUAGCUUUGAUUGCCUUCUUUAUUCUAUACUCUGGAUUUAUAAUUGUUGUACUCAAAUACGGCUUCUUUCCUACAAUAUUUUUAAGUAAAUAGAUGUUUAUAUAAUUUGUAGCUCUAAAAGAUGUGUGGUCAUGUUUGUAUUAUAAAACUUUAGAUUUUGGUUUAUUGGAGUUGAGAAUAGAUCUCUUUGUGAUUCAGCUCAUUUUUCUUAAAUCUUUGUGAUAAAACAACGCACUCUGUAAGUUUAUCGUUUUGUUCCAUAUUUUUUUUUUUGUGCUGAUGUCUUUUAGACAUUUAGACGAGAUUUAAGGAUGCUUAUAUUUAUUUUCCUAAAUCAUUAUAUAUUGAAAUUCAUUUGGCAUUGAAAGCGUACAUAUUUAAUAAUAUAAGUAAUUUAUGACUUAUUUACAUUAUAGGAUGAAACUCUUCUCUGUCCACAGAGAGUUACUACUUCAUCAAUGAUAUGACCCACUUAUUUCAAAGUUCUUUACAAUGUAAUUCUACAGUAUGUAUGCGUAUUCAUAUUGUAAAUAAGUAACACUGUGUUUGGGUUAACACACUAGCAUCUUUAGUGCUAUUCAUUUGCUGUUGGAAAUGCAUUUUCAGCACUCUCAGUUAUGUUCUUUCAAAAACCAUCUAUCCAUCCAUCUCACCCUUUUACCCAGACAGCUGUUUGACAGGAGCCUUGAUGAACGAGAUUAUAUGAAUGACAUCAUAUGCCAUAAACACUGAACUCACUGAACUCUUUCAAUAAACAUGUGAUAUGUCUUAAUGAUCGGAUUACUUAAAAUUCUUAAGACUAUUUUUUUUUUUUAAAGGUCAGAGAUACCCCCCUUAGACCUUUUUAGUAUGAAAAAUUGGGUUUGCUCCUGUAGCUCAAUUGGUAGAGCACUGCAUUUUCAUAGCCUGAAUGCUCUUUAAGUCACUUUGGAUAAAAGCGUCUGCUAAAUGAAUAAAUUAAUUUUUUUAAUUUGAUUUAAAUUUUGGCAAUGGAAAUUGUUUCUAUUUUCAUCCUUUCAUCCCAUUCUUUUCAUGUUCCAUCUGAGAAGUGUAAAGGCUGAUAUAUAUAGGACACAAAUACAUUUUUACAAUCAAAAAGCAGUUUCAUAUAGUUUAGACCCGUGGUUCCCAACAAUGACCCGAAUCAGAUGUGUUUGAUUAAGGAGACAUGCAGAACAUGCAGUGUUGGGGUGCCUCCAGGGUCAGGGUUGGGAACCACUGCUUUAGACAUACAUCGCAUCACAAAUGCAUUCUGGGAGAAACCAAAGCUAGCAGAUGGGCUGACACUGUAAAUGGUCUUCAAGCCAACAGAGCUUUUUACUUAAUCAUGCCAACUUCAUUCCUUUACUGAGGAAUUUUGAUCGUUUAAUUUUACUGUUUGAGAUAAACAGCCUACAGAAAACCUCUCGCACUCAGUGAUUGCAGGGAUUAAGAGACAAUUUUGUGAGUUUCUUCAUAAUGAUCAUAAUCCUAAAACUUGAGUUUGUCAGACUAAUAGGCAGAACAGAUGGCAUAGAUUUGCCACAAAUGUUUCAACUCAUUCAUCAACACUUGGAGCGUGUUUUUAAAGCUUGAAUCUUUGAAAGCAGUUGUACUGAGUUUGUUACGUUUUAAUUUAAAAUAUGUUAGAACCUUGCUACAAUGCUCUUCUAGACGUUUUACACUUUUUUUCUGUAAAAUGUGUAAUCGAUUUGGACUUGUAUUUCCAUAGAAAUACAACAACCUUAAAUUACUUAUGUCAUUUUCAGAUAUGAGUGUGUCCACAAUUCCAUACCUGAUCACAAGCAAUAUGAAUCUUUGACUGGCAUGAUAAUGUUCUACUGCAUGAAUUUUAAUGGCCAGUUUUUAAGUGCUGAAGACUGCAUUUAGCAUAUCAUUUCUAUAUCUCUAAGGGCAAGUGAGGUCUAUGCCCUGCAUUGACCCUGCACUGUUACUUUUAAUUUAGUCUAGUUUUAAGAUUUUAUAACCCAGGCUUUAAUGAUAUGGUUAUUUUGUUUUGGUGUUGAUCCAUUUACUCUGUGGCUCAUUCAGAAGAGAUUGUUAGUGAUGCUGGCAGCAUCAUAUUACCCUUCAGUCUCCUCUGCUAUGAUUUUUUCUCGUCCAAACAUCAGAUCAUGUACAGUGCUUCAUUAUAAAUAAUUCAUACAUGUUGUCUCAAGCAGCUAUUUACAGCUAGACCUUUCAUUAUCUUAUUAAAACCAAGUUUUAAAUACACGGCUUAUUUCAGCCUCUCUUAUCGUCAGCAAUACACUGCAAGCACUAGUUUUGCCAUUAUUUACUUUUCCUCUAAUAUCCUAUUUUUCUUCAUAUAGUGGAGACACUAUUGAAGUAUAUUCCAUUUUCAGUACUUCAUCACCAACAUUAUCAAUGCACACUCCAUUUUUAUGGCAUACUUAAGAGAUGAGAUUUUCCAAGAAAUCUCACAUUUUUUUAUUCUUAUAUGGAAAUCUUACUUUAACUUUCAAAGGGCAAAGCAAUGUAAUGUAUGUACUUUGAAUUUCUGAAUGUGUUUUGUUGCUGUGUAUUUUCUUGCUCAAUGAAACUCUUUAGCCUUUAGCCAUCAUUGAGAUGCAUGAAAGCAGUAAGACGAUGAAGAACUGCCUCUUUCAUUGAUUUACAGGGAAAGCGAUCUGACAUUUAUACUUAUUUUGUGUCUAGUUUGAGGUUUGAUGAGGAGAAACCAGAAAGUAUGGGUUUCAGUGCAAUAUAUUGGGUUUAAAGACAUGUUUUAUGAAUAUUUUGUUCUGUAAUGCAGUUAAUAUUUAUCUCUUCAGUGAACUUAUCUGUUGCUGUCUGUUUAAUAAAAUAAUAAAGCCUCCUGAAUAUUUCAUACUGAA